UCAUUAAAACUAAAAUCAUUCAAAAUAAUUAUGAUAACUGAAUUUAAUACUAUGAAAUUCUGUUGAACAAUGGUCUCUACUAAUUUCUUCUAGUAAAAAGUAAACAAAGAGGAAUAUUUGUAGUAUUUUAAUUUGACAUUGAUGUCAAAAAUUCCUCAACAAUGACGUAUAGAAAAUAUUAGUAAAUACCAGCUGGUCGAUGUAAGAAAAAUUCUAGUGAAACACUAAAAACUAUAGUCAGUUUAGUUUUUUAAAUAAUGAAAAAUUUACGAGAGUAUAUUUCUACCAUAAUUUAGCACUGAAAUUUCCGGUUCAGUUUGAAGGGUUGAACAGAAGCGUUUCAAUGUCUUUGCGAUAUACAAGGAAUUAUUAUGAUGAUCGUUUCCGUCGGAGAAAUGUUCAUGGCGAGAGCUCCGAAGGUGGUUUCGCGAUACAGAACCGCACCAGUCAAAUAGAAGAGACUGAGAUCCGAAAUGAUGGAACGCAGGAGACGUCAGAGUCGAAUGUUGCAGGCUCUUCAUCGUCACACAUUCUGGCCAACGACGUGAGUGCUCUUAGCAGAGACGUGGACAGAUGGGUGAGGCCGCAAGAGUCCUCAACGACCCAAAGCACUGGGGUUCAGGACAGCAUGAUGGACCUGACCCACCGUUCUACAGUCAGGUCGCGAUGCACCGGAGUCAACAGCAUGUGGUACAUAGUCGCUUUGGUGAUGCCCCUGUUCAGUGUACACAACUGUGUCAUGACCCUUAGAUGCACUCCAAGCACUGUCAUGAACACUGCUGAAAUAAUCCUUCAUCAUGUGAACAAGCUCUGUACUAAGGCGCGAGCCAAUCUCAGAAGAUUAGUUCAAGAUCAGAUUGCGAGAGAUUUCUUCGCAACUGCAAUGGAUAUUGUACUAGUCAUUUACGCUUUGGGAUUUUUAAUUCUUUCCCUGUAUCAAGCUUCUGUGUUUGGAUGAGUUGGUAACAGAAUUAAGCGCCAUCUGUUGGUGAUUAAAUAAAAUUAAAUAUCUGAAAUGUUAAGGGAUGUCACUGUUGCACAAAAAUCUUGGCGGGAAAUCGAUUUGUAUUUAUUGAAUAAAAAUUUAGAAAAUCUAAAAA